AUGCGCCCACCCGGACUCGCUGCCAAUCAGACCACAGCGCCCGACCUCGCGCUGGCACCUGGCAGCCAAUCACAGGCUUCGCCAGGGGAGCGCCUCGGGGCCGGUGAGCCGCCGGACGUUCUGGCCCCGCCGUCGACGGGGACCGUGGCGCGGCCGGAGCGGCCCCUGAGGGCCGAAGGGAGGGUUUCUCGGGUCCUCACGAGCGCCGGGCCUGGCACGGCCCUGGCGGGCUGUGUGGGGCCGCGGGCCCUCAGGAGGGAGGCUUUUCCAAAGGGCAGUGUUCAUUGCAAGCCUAUAAGUCCUUUUGGGGAAAAUGGACUGGCAAAAACAGACUUUUUGAGUCUAACAAGUCAAAACAAGACUGUUGAUCCCACGGAAGGAAAUCUGAUCGUGUUACUUCAUGACUUUUACUAUGGACAGCAUACAGGAGAUGGGCAGCCAGAACAGAAGACUCACACAGCGUUUAAAUGCCUCAGCUGCUUGAAAGUUCUAAAAAAUGUCAAGUUUAUGAAUCACAUGAAGCACCAUUUGGAACUUGAAAAACAGAGGGGUGACAGCUGGAAAAACCAUACUACCUGCCAGCACUGCCACCGCCAGUUUCCCACUCCCUUCCAGCUGCAGUGUCACAUUGAAAGUGUCCAUACUUUCCAGGAGCCCUCUGCAGUCUGUAAAAUCUGUGAGUUGUCUUUUGAAACAGAUCAGGUUCUCUUACAGCACAUGAAGGACAAUCAUAAGCCUGGCGAAAUGCCCUACGUGUGCCAGGUCUGCAAUUACAGAUCGUCAGCCUUUGCUGAUGUAGAAACACAUUUCAGAACAUACCACAAAAACACUAAGAUUUGCUUUGCCCAUUUUGUCUCAAAAUUUUCAAAACUGCAACACCAUACAUGUGUCAUUAUAGAGGACACUGGGAAAAGAAUGUUCACCAGUGUUCCAAAUGCCGGCUACAGUUUUUAA